AUGCAUCCUAUAAGAAAACAAUUGUCUGGGGCAGAAAAAAGAAAGAAAAAACAAAAGGAAGAUGCUUUAAUUCAAAGCCAAGUAGGAAGCCUUAAUAAGUAUUUCACAAGCGAUCAAAUAGUAGAGCAAGUGAACCAGAAUGACAUCGAUGAUAAGUUGAAUGAUCGGGAACAUGGUGAAUUGAAUGAACUUCGCAAUGAAGACCCAAAACAGUCUGAAAAUGAGAACGAUAUAAGUAUGUCUAAAAGUGACACUGAUGGAGAUAUAAACCAAAAGAUUUUGUUUCCUUUAAAUGUUGAUGAUCCGGGAAAUUGGGACAAAAUGCAAAACAUUAGGGACUUUUUGGUUGAAAGAGGUCCUAAAAGAUAUGAUGAUAUUUUGUUUCCUCUUGAUAACACUGGAAGACAUUUCAAUCCAUCACAUUAUAAGAGACAAUUGACAAAUGGUGAGAAAAGUGACAGAAGAUGGUUAGUCUAUUCUAUUUUUACGGACAAGAUCUUCUGUUUUUGUUGCAAGUUAUUCAAAACUCAAAGAACCAUGGCGAAACUUGGUUAUCUGGCUGACGAAGGAUACAAAGAUUGGAAGAAUAUCAAUCGAUGCCUCAAUCUUCAUGAAACUAGUAAAGAUCAUAUUGAUUGUAUGACUAGUUGGAUUGAAUUAGAAAGAAGACUUCAAAAGAAAAAGACAAUUGAUGAAAGUGUGCAAGUAGCAAUUAACAAAGAGAGAGAACAUUGGAAACAAGUAUUUAUGGAUGGAUCAGAUGUUAAGACAUGGAUCAGAUUUAUUUCUAGAACUAAAGUUGUUAAGACAUUCAUUACCCAGAUAAGCAAAUUGAGUGAUUGA